GUAGCUUUCCUACUACUAUAUAAGUUUGAACACUUCUGUUUCCCCAGGCAUUUUCUUGGUCUGCUGCUGCUGUCCUAUAACCAGUCAUGAUCCUCCAGGCUGCUGUGCUCAGUGUCCUCUUCUGCUCUGCCCACAGUUUUACUAUACAGGCUUCUUUUGAAAGGAAUGAAGAGAACUCUGGCAACACCAUUGAGGAUGAUGAUUUCAGUGUCUCCACGCUGAUAGAGAGGGCCAAUGUUAAUGUUGGAAAGAACCUGGAUGAGCCUCUAGUGAUGUUUGGAGACAUAGCAAUACCAACCGGUCUGCAGAAUGCUGAUCCUUGCACAUCCCGAGGCUGCCUGUGGCCUAAAGCCACCGAUGGCAAUGUCUAUGUACCCUACCGCAUCUCCAAUCAGUUCUCCCAAAGAGAAAGAGAAACCAUCAUCCGAGCACUGCGGUCAUUUGCCGAGUCCACCUGUAUCCGCUUCACCCCCUUGAAUGGCCAGGAGGACUUUGUAGACAUCCAGUCCCUCUCAGGGUGUUUCUCAUUUAUCGGGCGUCGUGGACAGGGCCAGACUGUAUCUUUGAAUCGCCAAGGCUGUGUUUUCCACCACAUCGUCCAACACGAGCUGCUCCACGCUCUGGGCUUCAACCAUGAACAGACCCGGUCCGACAGGGACGCGCACGUUCGCAUCCUGCUGCAAAACGUCAUUGCUGGAAUGGAGCACAAUUUCAGGAAGAUCCAAACAAGGAACCUUGGCACUCCCUAUGACUACAACUCUGUCAUGCACUAUGGAAGGUUUGCCUUCUCUAGGAACAGGGAGCCAACCAUCGUGCCCAUUCCUGACAACAAUGUACCCAUUGGCAGGGCCAACCAGAUGAGUCCUGUUGACAUCCUUCGGGUGAACCGCCUUUAUAGCUGUAAUUCAACUGCUUCCAGACAUCGCCUUUUUCUGCAAAGAAACCAGUUCCCCUACAAUUAUAUAAAAGCCUGGAGUGAAACCUCAGCUGCACAAGUCCACACAGAGGAUCCAAGGUCUGCUAAGAUGGCUCGCAUGUUCAGGUUCUCAGCUCUGGCUCUGCUGCUACUGUCUGCCUGUUGUUGGGCCGACAAUGAGGCAGCAGAGGACAUUGCAGAGGAGGACUCAGGGGAGCUUUCUGUCUCUGAACUUCUGGAGAGAGCCAACAGUAAUCUGAUCCGUUCUGCUGAUGAUCCCAACCUGAUUGAAGGAGACAUCGCCAUUGACAGCUCGGCCGAGAAAAACGCCGACCCCUGCACCAGCCAAGGCUGCAUGUGGGGCAAGUGGACUGAUGGGAAAGUCUACGUUCCUUAUUACAUCACCAAUCACUUCUCCGACCGUGAGAAGGCCAUCAUCAUCCGAGGACUGGAGUCUUUCUCCUCUUUCUCCUGCAUCCGCUUCAGGCCCACCCAAAGCAAUGACCGUGACUGGCUGAGCAUUGAGUCCAAGAAUGGCUGCUACUCCAUGGUUGGCCGUCGUGGUGGUAAGCAGGUGGUGUCUCUGGCCCGUCAAGGAUGCCUUUACCAUGGCACCGUCCAGCAUGAGCUGCUCCACGCUCUGGGAUUCAACCAUGAACAGACCCGCUCUGACAGGGACAACCACAUCAAAGUCCUGCUGCAGAAUGUUGUUUCUGGAAUGGAGCACAACUUCAGGAAGAUUGCAACCCUCAACCAGGGCACUCCCUAUGAUUACAACUCUGUCAUGCAGUACCACAGGACUGCCUUCUCCAAGAACAACCAGCCCACCAUGGUCCCUAUCCCUAAUCCCAACGUGUCCUUUGGCAACGCUAAGGAAAUGAGCCGCAAUGACAUCGCCAGGCUCAACACACUCUACAAGUGCUUGUUCUCGGAUCCCGUUCCACCUGACCUCCUUGUUCCUCCUUGUAGUCAGUCAGCCGACUCCAAGUGUGAAUCCACCUCCCCAGAUCCCUCCAUCUCCAAUCAGCAGGCUUAG